CAGAAUUUUGCUAAAAUAAAACCCUCAAUAUUUAUCUCCUGAAUCCAUCCAAUUUAGCGAGGUCACUGCGGUAAUUCCGUGUUUCCUUGCGCUGUCGGAUUUACCGGGUCCUCUUGGCCCGAGGUGAGCCGAUCCGGGCGGACCCGCCGGUUGAUCAAAGUGCCGCGGAUGAAAGAUCAAACGGCGGCGCUCGGGCUGCGCUCGCCGGGAUGACGAGCGGAUGAGAGGCAGGAAUGAGUUGUGACAAGUCCCGUGGUUCCGCGGCUCUGUCAAACUGGUGCGUCAACGCCGGUGAAUCACCGAGGUAGGAGGAGGAGGAGGAGGAAGAGGAGGAUAACGAGGGAAGAAGAGGAGACAGAGAUGGAAAAGGAGGGCAGGAAUAUGGGAGAAAAAGAGGAGGAGGAGGAGGAAUAGGCUCCUACAAAAAGGCUCCGCCGUCAUUCAGUCUGUCACACGGACCACACAAGUUAGCGAGAAAGUCCUGAGAAAGGUUCAUCACGUCGUGGGUAGAUUUUUAUUCCAACUAGAUCCACAUUUAAAGACUGAGCGAGGACAUCACCUGUUGGCUGUUUCCCGUUUUUUUCUCUCUCUCUCUUUCAAAGUUGAGCCAAGAUCUCAAGUUAAAUAAAAAAGAAAUUGGGAUUUUUUUUCCCCAUCCUGAAGAACGGAAUAAAGAGAGCUGGAGAUAAUGAGAGUCUUCUGUGGAGAUGGCCAGCUGCUCACGGUGCUGCUGGCAGCUUCCCUGGCAGCGGCUGUGGAUCCGUCCCACAACCUGGCCAGCGAGAGAAGUUCCAUCGAAAGCACAUACGAGCUGACCAAAUACCUGGAGUACCAGCUCAAGGAAAUCAAAGACGUAUAUCUGACAUAUCUGGGCCCGCCGUUCAACGAGAAAGACUUCUCCCCUCCUCGGCCCAACAGUACGGCUCUGACUCUCCCGAGUGCCGCCACCCGACUGGAGCUGUGGCACGGCCUGGAGAACCAAGCCCGCCUCGCACAGAACCAGCGGGCCUACUCUAUCCUGCUGGCUGCUGUCAGGGAGCUGGCCCGCUCCACUCUCUGCCCUUCCCUCAAAACAUCUCUGCUGCACUUUUGCACCGGUCUGGAUGGACUGCUGGGCUCCAUUUCCGCACUGAUGAACUCCCUCGGUUACUCGUCUCCCCUUCAAGCCGCCGCCGGGGAGCUGCAAUACUCGCAGAGGGGGAGCGGGGGCAACCGACCGGCUCCGCUCAUGAGCCAGAGCCUGUACAGAUCCAGAGCCGGAUCAAGGACGGAGCCCGGUCAGCGUGGCGGCCAGAGAAGGAGUCGGAUAAAGAUGAUCGGAGGAGAGAGGGACGACAGCGACCCGAUGAGUAGAAGACGAGGGAGAACAGGGAAGAGAGCGGAGGCCGCCGUGGCUGCAGGGCGGAGUGGCGGGCUGAGAGAGAAGGGGAGAGGAGAACGGGUGAGAAGAGAGGAGAGAGACGAUCAAAUAGAGACCGUAGAGGAGGUGCAGGAGCUAAGAGGAGAGGUGGAAAGCUGGGGAAGAAGGAGACGGUUGUUGAGCAUAGAAGAGAAUGAAGAUGAGAAGGACGGGGAGCCUAAAAUCAGGGUUGAAGUGUCGUAUGUGGGCGCCAGAGAAACCGUGCGCCAUCAAGAGACAAACAGCAAUCAGUACAGCUUCAGUCUGAACCCAGAUCACAGAGAAACCCUCAGAGAAGACGGCUUAAUUUUAGAAACUAACAGGCGAUCCGUUUCGAAGGAGGAAAAGAACGCAGACAUGGACUCGGCCUCCUCUUCCUCCUUGCACCGGUACCACCGGCGUCCUCGCUCUCUCCUCUACCCCACCCUCCAACCUCCCCUCUCUACUCUCUCCCUCCUGUACCAGUUUGGCGUGAGCGAGGAGCACACCCUUCUUCCCCAGCCCAUGCCACUCUCCUUACAGCGGGGCACCUCCCUUCUCUCCCCUCCGCUGAGUCCGCUGCUCUCCUCGUCCACCUCCUCGUCCACCUCCUCGUCGCUCCUGCCAGCGCGGCCGACCAUGAACGAUUUUGCAAGGAAGGUGGAGGGCUUCUGGAUCCUGCGAGAGCUGCAGAGCUGGUUGUGGAGAUCGGCCAAGGACUUCAACCGUCUCAAGAAGAGACUCCGAGGCUGAGACGUCCGGGGGCGGGACAGGACAAGGAGACAAAGACUCAUAAAAGUACAGCAAGGCGGAAAUCUAUUGUUUUCACAAAAAGUCUGAGAGGAAGCAAACCGAGAUCUCUAAGCACAUUACCCCAUCGAUACUGAACACAUCCAUUCAUCCCGUACUGGAAUCAGUGGAUAAAGGACUUUUUUUGGCUGGUCACCAGUCCUGCUACUGGAACAUGCAGCACACAAAGCCAUGAGAGGACUGUUCCGACCGCACAUAGGAGGUCAUUGAGAUAAACUCACUGAGACUGGGUCUGAGUUACCGGACUUCACAGCUCAUAGAUCAACAGGAAAACCGCUGUAGGUGGUGGUUAGGCUCGAACAACACAGACGUUGCCGCUCACUCCGGCCGGGCUGAGCGGCAACGAGACAGACAGUGGAGCCAUUGAGCAGAUGCUGAUUCAGUGACCUCACAUGUGUGAAUCAGCAAACAUUCAUUUUUUAUAAAAGGAAGAAGAAAAAAUUAUGAAUGGGCAAAAGACAAGAGAGGAGGAAAAAUGCCCGAAGGGAGGAUGGAGGCAACGGGGAGGCAUGAGUCAGGGAGUGAUUGCUGGUACUAACCAGCAGAGGGGUAUUGCUGAGUAAUUGUUGAGGAAAUGGUAAUUUACUGUAACCCUACAACAGAGUUACACAUACGAUCCAGGCAGAGCGGUAAAAACGCCUUUUUUUUUUUCCUGCUGCUUUAGGUUUGGUGCUUCAAUCUUCUCAGAUAUCACCACUCUUCAUAAUCUUUACAAUUUCUGAGCCUAAAAAUCAAAAUUAUAUUAAAAUAUUUUUGCAGCGUUGCUACUUUGUAUUUUAACACAGUAGAAACACUUUCCCCACAAUCACAUUUGUGCUAUCAAUGGAAAAAUAAAUAAAUACUGCUUUCUAUUGGCCCCAGAGAGUAUGUAGAGAAAACACAAAGAACGAUGGUUGUAUUUAUCAUGAAAGAGGCAAUGGCCCAUUACCAUGACACUAUGAGGCUUUUAAAGGAGAUGGAUCCAUAGGACAAUCCAGAUCCCAUCUUACUUCCAUUUGUCACUUAUCACAGAGCCUGUUUAUGAACACAAGAAAGGCAAACAAUUUGAUAACUCAUGGAGGAUUUCCAUGUACAAAAGUUUCUCUCAUUUCAAAUUUUGUGCAGUUUCAGAACACAGCCAGCGCUUAAGGUACCCAAAGCUCAGGCACUGAUACCAUUGGUGAGGAAGAAUGUAAUUUCCUCACCAUCAGACGGAAGGACCUGGCGAUGAGUUACCUGUCGAGCUAACAAGGUGCACUUGUUGCUAAUGCUGGAGACGAACCCCACAGAUAAUGCACAGAGUAAUAACAAGUCUUUUAUUUGUCUGCCAUCUGACUUACAACUUUGGUUUUUGCUGGGAUCUCAACUUCAAUAUACAUAACUCUUAUACUCAUUAUCUGAUGUAAAAAAACCUGGAUAUACAAUAUUCUUACACAGCAGUUGUGCUUAGCAUAGGCCCUAAUGGAGAAGUGCACAACAAAGUGACAUCACAAUCCUAUUUACUAUGUCUUUAUAUGUUUAGCUGCCAUAUUGGAUUUUAACGCAAGGGAAGCCUUCCAUUUGAGUUCUGGUGGAUUUUUCUAUCCUGGAUUUCUGAUUUCUGAGUACUAAUAGAAGGCCGUAUAAAGUACACCAACAAUUUAGCUUAGCUUAGCUUAGCUUAGCUUGUAACGAGCACCAGCAGCUUAGCUUAGUAUUAAAAGGGGACACAGGCCAGUAUUAAACAUAGACGUGGAAUAUAUUUCUACAAAACAGAUAAACUAAAUUUUAGCACUCUUUUUAAUUUGUUCACUCUAGAUUUUUAGAAAACUAGUAAAGAUUUCAGUUUCCAGCCGUUAGCCAAUUAGCUAACCAGAAUCCAACACAAAGCGCCUUUAAAAUGUGCAAUUUCGCAAAUGGUUGAGACUUAAAUCACAUUUAAUAUUUAAUGUACAGAAACACCUACAUCGCUUUGAACCCAAAACCUGUAAUAUUUAUUUAUAGUUUAUCAUUUAACCAUCGUACAGAAGGUGCUAGCAGAAUCGAUUAGCUAAAUAGACAGUAUUAGGCUAGCUUUUGCCUCGCUUCUUUUACUUAUAUCAUUGUUUCUGUGGCUAUUUGCAUACACUGUGUUAACGGACCAAAGUUGACCCAAUUGUGUAUUCUGCAAAAUUGGCAAUAUCUUGCUUACAUAGAUACUACGUAAGGAUACAGGACGUAGUGAUGUAAGUGAAAGCUUUCAAUAAAAGAAUAAAAAAAAAAAAAGGUGAUAAAACCUUAAAGGCAAAGUUUGAAAACAGAGCAAAACUCAAGCUUUCACCAGUUAACUGCCAUGCAUGCAACUAAACUUGCAACUUACAUAAUUUCUAUUUGUAAAAAAAAAAAAAAAACUACACAAAAACAGGUAAAGUGGUGACUUGUUUAAGUCAAUGCAUCAAACCAAUUACGAACAUUAAUAUUAUUAAUAUAACGUGUUAAAUUAACCUAUUUGUACCUGUGCACCAUUUCAACUGUUUCCUAAAUGUGCACCAUAACGGCAUUUCAGUAAAUUCUUCUCCAUUUUGCCCCGUAGCACAUUCAAGUUUACACAGCUAAAGUAUUUAAGCCAUAUGCUGGAAGGAAAAACUAUGAAGUAAAUCAGUGAACUCAAUGCCACAUGCCUGCAUCUAGCCUUCAGAUUGGAUCACUUAGGACACAUGUUUGCGCCAGGUGUUAUGACAGCAAGUUCAAGAAAUACUCGCCACUCUGAUAUUCCCUUUUCAAAAUGUUGAAGUAAUGCUGUAUGUUGGCUUCACAUUCCUAAACUCAAAGCACUCCGAGCUUUCCCUCCAAGCAAGUUAAAACACUUUGUUUUCAGAAUGAAUUUGUCGUCAUGAGAUUGAAAUGUGUGCUGUCAUGGCCAAAGGUUAUGGAUCAUAUUGCCAUUAUUUAUUGAACACGUUUUUCUUUAUUUAUUUUUCCCUGUGUGAUAAUACUGUAUUGUAACUUGAGAGAGAAUAAAUACUAGGUUUUGUACACAG